UCCUGCCCAGACCUAGGUCGCCGCCGCCGCCGCCGCCGAGGGUGGCGACGCAGCCUGUGGGCGGGGAGCGGGUGCCCCCGGCCGUGCCGGAAGCCAGGAACGGAGGCUGAGUCCGGGAUGGCGCACCAGGUGUCCAUGGCCUUCCAGGACCUGGCCGUGCGGUUCUCCGAGGACGAGUGGCGGCUGCUGGGACAGGGGCAGAGGGCACUGUACCUGGACGUGAUGCGGGAGAACUACGAGACGCUGGCCUCGCUGGGGACAGUGGAGCUGCUGCCCCUCUCUGCCUUCCUGUCUCCCUCGGAGCCUGGAGGAGCCAUGGGGGGCGGGAGCUGUGCUGGUGAUGGGCAGGAACGUCCUCUGGGAGGAGGGCCCCUGGGAGGAGCCCCCCAGCACAGCCUGCACCUCAGCGCCCUGGUGCAGCUGGUGAAGGAGAUCCCGGAGUUCCUGUUCGGGGAAGUCAGCCCUGAGAGCAGCGGGGGAGCCAGCCUGGACGGGGAGGGGGCGAGCCCCGGGGCAGCUGUGAUGGGGGACGCCUGCCCUCUCCGAGGCUUGCUCGGCUGCCUUCCGGACACACCUGUCUGCCGGCCUGGCCCGGCCGCCGUGCCCGGCGGCAGCGCAUGCAGCAGCCUGCCCGGAGUCAGGGGGCAGGGGAGCCCCCUCCCCACCAAAACUGCUGACAUGCCAAGGCCUGUGGAGGAGGAAGGCCCAGGAGCCCCCAGCCAGGAGCCUAGCCCUCCUACCUGUAGCCCCAGCAGGCGGAAGAGCCACAGGAAUCAGGAGAGAGGGGCCACGGGGGCAGGAGCUGCAGGAAUCUCUCCUGGGAACAGCCCCUUGCAAGGCCUCAUCAACUGCCUGAAGGAAAUCCUCGAGCCCGGGCCCCAGCACCCCGAGCGGCCCCUGAGCUCGCUGCAGCCGGUCCCCGGCCUGGGUGCGUCCCAGCUGACCAGAGCAGAGCUGCGGCCCGGGAGCCCGCCCUGGGCAGUGAAGACAGAGACGGCCUCAGGGCAUUGUCCCCUCCAGAGUCUGCUGAACUGUCUGAAGGAGAUCCCAGAGGCCCGGGACAAGCAACUGAGCCCCUCAGGAGCAAGGGACCCACGGCUGCAGGAGGACCCAGGGGCCUGGAAAAGGAAUUCUGCAGGGCCCCGCCCCCUCGAGACCCCUCCCCCCGGGCCCGGGCCUGGAGCUGGCAGCGUGCUCUCUGCAGUGAAGGUGGAGGACGGCUGGGCGCAGGGGCCCCCAGAGCCCGCAUCCUGUCAGCUCAGCAAGCGGACCCACGGCCCUUCUGCCGCGGGCAGCCCCAGGGACAGUGGAGGCACCGCCCGGGUCCGAGUGCCCAGCUGGGGCUCUGCAGCUCGAGCCGGCAGCGCCUCGAGCUCACCCCUGGAAGCCCUGGAGGCCUGUCUGAGGGGCCUCCCCCUGAGCGGGUCGUUACCUUCCCAGCCGCUGGCCAGCUCCUGGUCCCGGAGCCCCCAGCCAGGAGACCCUGGGUCUCAGAGGCCCGCGCUGCAGCGCCUCGGAUCGCACGGCAAAGAGGUGGUCUUGGGGCCUCUUCUGGCUCUGGGCCUGCAGGGCUGCAUGAGAGACAGCCCUGCCCUCCCUGCAGGCUCCCAAGGCACCUGCACCAGCCUCUCUUCGUCCAGCAGCAUUGACGGGGACCUGGAUUUCCAGAGCCCCGAGGGCAGCCAGGGGCAUCGGCCUGGAAGAGGAAGCCCCGUGGGAAGCUCCCCUCUCCAGGGCCUGGAGAACUGCCUCAGAGAGAUACCUGCACCUGGGCCGCAGCCCACCUGGUCCUGCUCCUCGGCAGGGCACAGGGGGCCAUGGAGAAUGGAGCCCAAGAACUGGACGGCAGGCAUGGAAGGACUGAGGGGCGAGGCCUGUGAGCCAGCCCACCUGGGACAGCGAGGGGGUGACGUGCCCACCAGGAGCCUCCACCUGGCCAGCCCACAGGCACUUGCCUCUGGCACCAUCCCUGCCUGCCACCAGCGAGGCCCCAAGGACCCCGGGGCCGCCAGGCCAGGCCCAGAUGGGCCAGCCACCAAGCCCUCCCCGCUCCACUGCCUGGAGAACUCUCUGAAGGGGAUUUUGCCCGGGGGGCCCUUGCGCUUCGCCUGCCUAGCCGACCCUGUCCCGGGCCCCAGCCCCAGCCCCAGCUCCAGCUCCAGCUCGAGCAUCCGCAGCUCAGAAGGAGAAGACCCAAGGCUGGAGCCUGAGCUCUGGCAGCCCCUCCUGCAGGAGAGGGACCGCCUUCCCAGCUGCAGGGGCCUUGGCCCUCCUUCCCCACGCCCUGGCGGCCCUCGCGCCGGCAGCAGCCCUGGUGAAGGCCGGAGAAGAGGCGAGCCUGGGGACCACCAUGGUCACGGUGCAGCAGGAAAAGCGGAAGAGAAGGUGGGAGGCCGGUCCCAUCUGCCCUGGAGAGAAGUGUGCUUGGAGAGCCUGGGCCCGCCCGGCCCCCUGGGCAGCGCCGGAGGAGGUCGUGUCCAAAUAUCCCCGGUCAGAGUGGCUCUGGGAAAACAAUGUGUAUCCACAUCCCAAGUGCUCUGUGCUCUUCCUGUGGGGGCAGCUGUGGACCCCUGCCCUGCCUCUCAGCUGGAGAAAAGGUCGGGGUCUGGGCCCUGCCAGCCUCCUGGGUCAGCCUGUGGGCCCCUGUCCUGGAAUCUGAUGGCUGGUGAAGAGUCCAGGGGCCUGGGGCCCGGAGACAGAAGCCCAGGUGUUACAGCCGGGACCCACCCGAGGCCCCUUCCCGGAGAUCCGCCUGGGCCUCCCCCAGGAGCCGCCAUCCCUCAGGCUUUGCCGCACGCCUUCCCGCGGCCACCGUGCCCCUGCGAGAGUUCCCUGCAGCACGAGCUCCACAGCCUCGGUGCCGCCCUCUCGGAGAAGCUGGAUCGGCUGGCCGGGGCCCUGGCCGGCCUGGCUCAGGAAGUGGCCGCCGUGAGAACCCAGGUGGAUCGGCUGGGGCGGCGCCCGUGGGGCCUGGGGCCGAAGGGCCUCGUUCGGGGCCCUCGCUGGACUGGUGGCCCUGCUCACAGACACCCGCCCUACUGGAGGCACAAGGGCCCCCGCAGGCCGAGACCGAAGAUCUUGCGGGGCCAGGCGGAAGGCUGCAGGGCCGGCGACUCCUCGGGCCUGGCCAGCGCGAGGCCCCGCCUGGUGCCCCCGCACGUGCCCCUGGCAGAGGCUUCUGGGCCCAGCCCUGGCCCUCUCUCCUUGGCUUGCGGCAGCCCCGCUGUGCUGACCGCGUGUCACCCCCUUGGACGCCCGGAGGGCCACCGGAGCCCCCCGCCCCUCUUGCUGCCUGCUGCCCCAGCCCCCCAGGUGGCCGCCAGUGCAGGAGCAGAGCCUCGGGCUGCGGCAGCGGCACCGCCCAGGACCCUAAAGUGGCCCAAGGAUCCAAGCAGCCUGCUGGCGGGGCUCCAGAGAGCCUUUGAGGGGGAGCUGUGGGGUGGGGAGCACAGGGACCCCGGGUGGGGGCCCCCUAGCCGCUGUCUUCAUGGACUGCGUCCUGCCGACGAUGCCCCACCCGCGGCCGCCUCUUCUGGGGGCCGGCCUCCGCCCUCGGCCCCCUGCAGCAGAACCUUCCCUGUGUCUGGACUGUGAGGGGGCCGGGGGUCUGCCCUUGGCCUGACCGCCCCAGACUCCAGGAUGCCCGUUGCUCAGGGAGGUGUGUUCCCCAGCCACGCCUCUGGCUUUCUUGAUUCAGGGUCGUUUAAGUGUCGCUUCCCCUCCUGC